AUGAGGUUAUUUUCAUACAGUUGGCUAAAAGUAUUAAAGAAGAAUCGUGAACUGGAGAAUGAGAUUAUGAAAGAUGUACCAGGUUGGAAAACGGGCACUUGGUACGGCGAACCAGUCUAUUUCACUCUUGGCGAUAAAUGGUGGGAUCCAGGAUUAUUAGAAGUAUUCGCACAUUCAGAUUCAAAUGCUAAUCUGAAAGAGCAAAUGUGGCGUCAUCAUUCAGAAUAUGGUGCACCGAAAUUCUAUGAUAAAUAUAUCCCUCAGUUCAUUGCUGAUCGUAUUUGGUAG